AUCUAGCUGGUGAACAUAGUGGAGCAUUUAGCAGCUAAAGAGCCAGAUAUUUCUCUCAUGAGUAUGAAGAAACCAAAAGCUGAGCUAAGAGAGAGCGAAUAUUGGACUUAAAUUCAUCAGAUGGACAGAAACACGAACAUUUUGAGGAAAUGGACGGAGAUCAACAGCUGCCUAGAAGACCAGAAGUUACUGUUGGCCGUUGGUGUGUCUGUGGUUCUCCUGGUGCUGCUGCUGCUGCUGGGUCUGAUGGUGUACUAUCUGUGCAGGAGGAAGGAUCAGAGACAGUACCAGGAGCUGCUCUCUACGGUGCCUUCAGUGCCAGCAUGCUCUGCUCCGGUCAUCCUGGUUUCUCAGGGCUCCUGGGCCACGCCCAAUGAGGUCCCUUUCACCUUGCCUCCACGCUUUAUGACACGAAACCGUGACAACCUGAAGACUGAGGAGAAAGUGGAGGAGGUGGAGGAGAUGAAGAUGGAGCCUCGGAGGGACAUACUAGCCCACCGUGGGUCACUCUCAGUAAGGAGUUGGUACCCUGUAGGGACGCUGCUGGCCGGUCUGUACUCUGUUCCUCCUCUGAACGAGGUGGUGGCGCCUCCUCCCGGCAUGGCCACACGUCUCUGCUUCUCCGUGGAGUAUCGACACAGCAGCGAACAGCUCAUGGUCUCCUUGCUCCGCCUCGGCAACCUCCCUCCCCGUUUUCACGGCAACGUGACACUGGUGGAGCUCCGGCUUCUCCCUGACGACCGGCGGCCCCGCCAGGCCAAAGCCAGAGGCACAGGGCCCGACCCGGAGUUCAACGACUGCUUCGUUUUCCAGGUGUCAGGAGUGUGCGUGCCUCAGAGCACCCUGAGUGUGUGCGUGCUGAGUGUGGUGCAAGACGGCAAACGCCACGCGGUGGGCAGGGUGCUGUUUCCUCUAGAGGGGGAGCUCGGUCAGGCCGGCAGGGUGCUCCGGAGAGACCUGGAGACUGAGGACGACACUCAGUGUUCAGAGCUGGGUGACGUGCAGGUUUCUCUCAGCUACAGUCCGGCUCUGCAGCGCCUCUCUGUGGUGGUUCUGAGGGCUCGAGGCCUGCAGCUCCUCUCAGACGCAGGUGUGUGCGUCCAGGUGAGCUUACAAAUACACACUCGGGUGGUGAAGAUCAAGCGCAGCUGUGUGGUGAAGGGUGAAACGGAUCACUACUUCAACCACAGGAUGACCUUUAAACUGCGACCCCAGCACCUGGACGAGGCCUGUCUGAGGUUUGAGCUGCAGCAGCCACAUGACGUCAGCUCAGAGCCUCCGACCCUGCUGGGAAUUCUGGUUUUGGGUCCCUUCAUGUACGCCAGGGGCCUGCAGCUGCAGCACUGGAUGGACAUGGUCAACACGCCGCAGGAGCCGGUUAAACUGUGGCACGGACUCAGCAGGGCCACAUAACCCCCAAACCACACUCACACUCUAACACAUGCACGUACAGUAAAUACACACAAUGUUUGCAAUAAUAAAAAAAGAAAAGUACAAACUAAAUGUGUUUG